GGACGCGCAGCGGGGGCGCGCAGGUACAACAGGCACAAUGCGCAGCAGCUCUCCAGACGUGCUCGGGCUGCACGAUGCUCCUCUUCUAGGUGACUAGAGGUGAUCUCCUCACUGCUUCAUAUCUGGAGACAUUCAGCAGAACGACACUACAACCCACCGAGAUGAGCCUGAUUCGUACUGCAGGGCACUGCUGCUGAACGGCUGGAGGACGCUGGAGGGGAUGGCCUCCUUAGCAGACUGAAACGGGUCUGGAUCCACUGAAAGAACCUAUGCGCCUUUUCUCCUGCGCUAUAACGUCUGCUCCACUCCAGUCGUCUCCAGGAUCAGAGUGAUGUGGACGACUCAGGACCGCGGACGGUGGGGGGUCGGCUGUCUGUCCCUCCUUGUGGCCAUGGUCUGCGGUGCGCAGAGCGCAAACGAGCCCAGCAACAUGUCCUAUGUGAAAGCUACUGUGGACAAACUACUGAAGGGUUAUGACAUUCGUCUAAGGCCUGACUUUGGAGGUGCUCCGGUGGACGUCGGUAUGAGUAUAGACAUCGCCAGCAUUGACAUGGUGUCAGAAGUCAACAUGGACUACACCAUCACCAUGUACUUCCAGCAGUCGUGGAGGGACAAACGUCUCUCUUACACUGGGAUCCCACUCAACCUGACCCUGGACAACAGGGUGGCAGAUCAACUGUGGGUGCCAGACACCUACUUCAUCAAUGACAAGAAGUCCUUCGUCCACGGGGUGACGGUCAAGAACCGCAUGAUACGACUGCAUCCAGAUGGAACUGUGCUGUACGGCCUUAGGAUCACAACUACAGCAGCCUGCAUGAUGGACUUGCGCAGAUACCCAUUGGACGAACAGAACUGCACCUUGGAGAUAGAGAGCUAUGGAUACACCACUGAUGACAUUGAGUUCUACUGGCAAGGAGGGAGUUCGGGGUCGGUCACGGGGGUGGAGAACAUCGAACUUCCCCAGUUUUCCAUUAUGGACUAUCAAACGCUCUCCAAGAAAGCAGUGUUUGCUACAGGUUCCUACCCGCGGUUGUCACUGAGCUUCAAGCUGAAGAGAAACAUUGGAUACUUCAUCUUGCAGACGUACAUGCCCUCCACCCUGAUCACCAUCCUGUCCUGGGUCUCCUUCUGGAUCAACUACGACGCCUCGGCCGCCAGAGUGGCCUUGGGCAUAACGACGGUUCUGACAAUGACCACUAUCAACACCCAUCUGAGGGAGACUCUGCCCAAGAUUCCUUACGUCAAGGCCAUCGACAUUUACCUCAUGGGCUGCUUCGUCUUCGUCUUCCUGGCUCUGCUGGAGUACGCGUUUGUCAACUACAUCUUCUUCGGACGGGGCCCGCACCUGCAGAAGAAAGUGGCGGAGAAGGCUGCCAAGACCAAUAAUGAGAACAAGAGCCGGCUGGAGAGCAACAAAGUGCAAGUGGAUGCCCACGGCAACAUCCUGCUGACCAACCUCACCAACGAGAUGAGCGGCGCCGAAAUGAUGGGGGCGCUCAACGACCCGCGAGUCACCAUGUUCUCCUACGACAGCGCCAGCAUUCAGUAUCGCAAGCCCAUGACCAGCCGGGACAUGUACGGCCGGCCCGCCCUGGACCGCCCUGUGGCCCACAAGAAGAGCCGCUUGAGGAGGAGGGCCUCGCAGCUCAAGGUGAAGAUCCCGGACCUGACGGAUGUCAAUGCCAUAGACAAGUGGUCGCGCGUCAUCUUCCCCAUCAUCUUCACAUUCUUCAACCUGGUGUACUGGCUCUACUACGUCCACUAAAGGUCAAAGCUUGAGGCGGCCACAAAAAAACACCCGACUGGCGCUUUGCUUACGUCGGUUGGGUCCUUGUACAGUGUUGCGCAAAUAAAAGUGUGUCUGUUGGGGGGUCGGGGUGGGCAGGGGGUCAACUUAUCCAACUAGUUUGUAUAAAUUCUAUUGCUGAAUACACACAAGUCCCCUGGAUGUCUUUUCAAUGUAAAUACGAUUUAAUAUAUAAUAUAUAAAUAUACAUAUAUAUAAGAGAAAUAUAAUUUAAUAAAUGAUCUCACCUUUUGAUCUAUUCAUCAGUACAACAAAUGAAAUAGAUGAAAUUAAACUAAGGGAUUUUAAACGCACACAUUUUUCUGUUUGGAUUUUGUGCCAAAAAGUUAGAGACAAUGCUAUUUCCUUUAUUAGGUUUCCUACUCUCAGCUUACUUUAUCGCACUCUGCAUGCAUAUAAAACACAGCUUUCAUUUGCUAUUGAUUUUUUUUCAAAUACAAUUGAAAAGAGCCCAGAGCAGAAAAGUGAGGGUAAGAAAAAUGUUUUAUCAUAUAUUAAAACUAAUAUUAUUAUCAAGCAAAAUUAUGUGUAAAAUCUUUCUGUACGAUUGACAAGAUAUUGCAAAGUAUUUGGCGAGAUGACAUACUAUAAAUUGGUGACACUGGAUUGUUUGCGCGCGAUGGUUAGACUGAAGUGACUCAUUGUCAUCGUAAGGGCCAUUUGUAUUGUAUCCGAUGAGGAGCAAGUGACAUAUCUUUACAGAGGACUUUGUUUUAGCCGUUUAUCUUAUGCUGAGUGCAUGUCUGCUCUUUUACACAGUGCAAUUUGCUUUAUUUAUUUUAUUGCCGGGCAAUAUUUAGCCACUUAUACUGUAUGCUUUUAAACAACCAUUGCAUUUAAGGUUAGUCCUGGUCAAAAUGUUAAAUGUAACUUGACCAAUAAUUACAUGAAGACAAAUUUGUGAACAUUUCUAACAAAAAUAUUCUCACAGUGUCUGUGAGCAUGUAUAAUGUAAUUUUCUUUAAAAGAAAUCAGGUAAAGAAUGACCUAUGAUGUCACCAUACAUUUGAAAGUAACAUUUUAAAAACUUGAGGCCCCAAACACUCUGUUAAGGUUUUUUGAACGAUGACCUGAUCCCAAAUCAAUUUUAAAAUGGUUGCCACGUCGGCAACCAGUGAUGAGCUGCAGGUAGUCAACAUUGUCAGAUUAUGGUCCUAUGUAAUUAUUCUGCAUAUUUAAAUAAUUGAAAAGUUAUAUUAAAAAAAAUUAAAUAUAUAUUAUGCAAAACACAUUUCCUUUUUUCUAUCCCGGUAUGCAGCUUUAAGUAAGCAUCAACAUAACUUUGAACAGUUUUGAUUUUAAGGCGGUAUAUCACGUACACUGCAUUCCUUUUAGAAACAGAAGUUGGUUUCCCAUCAUUUGAAGAGAUGUUAUUUUUCUUUAUUUUCUGAUUGUUGCUAGUUCAAAUUAAGGCCCCGUCCACACAAAGCCGAAACGAUCUAUCCGGUUUCGGAGUAUCUCUGUAAAGACGGAGUCAAGCGAAACCGGGUAGAUCUGUAGAAACGCUGUAGUACACAUGCCAGGCCCAUAAUGGGCGCUGCUUCUGCUACAGAAAUCCAGAAGUAAAUUAAAUAAGAAGAAGAGGCGAGCAUGCGCAUAAAGGCUGCCCCCCCAAACCACUAACAACACAAACAAACAGUCUGUCAACAGUCUCAAUAAAUAAUGGCUUAGCAACCCAACAAGGGACAUGAUCUGCUGCAGAACGAUUACAAGCCUACAGUCCGCCAUCAUCUUUGUUGUUGUGAGUUCUGAGACUCCGCGGGCUUAACAGGCAUUGGCUAGAGGGUCGAGGGGUGUGGCGAUGACGUCAUGGUUUAAGGUUUUAGUAGGGUUCAGGCGUCCACACGAAUCCAAAACGAAACCGGGUAGAUUUGAAACCACCUCCGAGGGUGGUUUCAGAAGUUUACGGUUUCGGUCAGCGGAUUCGCCGGCUUCGUGUGGACGGAAGGCUGAACCGUACAAGACCUUUGCGGUUUCGCCAUGAAAUCGGCUUCGUGUGGACGGGGCCUAAGCUAUACUUUUAACAAGCUCCAGUCAUCACUGAAUUGUUGAACAGCUGUGUCAAAUGGGGCUGAAUUUUUAAAUCAGGACAAAUAAAUAGCCGUCCCGCUAUAAUUUAAUCAUAUGAAAGAGGGUAAUUAAUGUUGCAAUAUGUGCUGAUGGGAAGCCUCCAUUGACUGUUUGAGUAGGACUGAAGACAAAUUAUUGUAAUGCUAACUUUGUGUUCAAAGAAACAAAAGUGAUGUAUGCUCACGAAACCGAGAUUGUGUAAUUAUUAACAGCGUUUGGGAAGGUAGGAAUAUAACAAAUAAAAAGUGUAAAAUCGA